UCAAACUAUCAAUGAAAAUAUUUAAACAUGGGAGAUGCACCUAGACCCUCUGUGUUGAACUCUGAAUCAAAUAAAUCUACAGAAAAUUUCGCACGACUCUGUCAGUUCCUGGUGACAAUCUGUAGUGACGUCAUGAGAGACAUUCUCAGCCAUUAUAUAAAGCCAGCAAAUCUAAGAACAGAACUGGACAAAAAUAGGUCAACAUUGGAGAAAAAAACGAAUAAACAGGAGAAAGACUUGUUGUAUCCUCCACAUUCAUCUACCAGUAGUGUUCCGCAAAUAAGAUCCAGAGAUCUUGAUAUCACAUUACUGUACAAAAUUUUUCGGAAUAUAUGUAAUAUUCCAACGCAUAUAGCUGGUUGGGGAAAUCUACCUCGUCCAUCUGACUUUUCUUUGGCUGCAUGCAUAGAAAGGAUCCGCAUUUUACGAAAUUCAAUCUCUGGACAUUCUACCAAUGGUACUGUUGAUGACGUAGAGUUUGAAGAGAACUGGAGAGAGUUAAGGACGUCGGUUGUAGAGAUUGAGAAGGAAGUUACCGGUAGCGAUAGAUAUGAAAGAGGAAUAGACCAUUUAUAUGACUGUGAUCUGAACCCGACCAAAUCCAAGGAAUAUGUUGCCCAAAUUAGGAGAUGUUCAGGGGAACUGAAGGUUAAACGAG